UUUGCUUCUGCGCAUGCGCAUCAUCACCCAAACAGCAAUGGCGCUCCACUGCGGCGCUGUGCGUUUAAAUGCACUUAUUCGCACCCGUCCUUUCUUCAAAUGUGCUUCGUUUGGCCUCCGCUCGUUUGCUGACCACGCGUCGUCCCCAAAGGUAGCAAGCAACGCCCCAGAGACCUCGGGUGACCAUGUACUCUACACGCCAGAGCACUUUGCGUUAAAGGACUCGCUCAAAAAGAUCAUCGACCAGGAGAUCAACCCGUACGUGGAUCAGUGGGAAGCGGAGGGAAAGUUCCCGGCGCAUAAAAUCUUCAAGAUCCUCGGAAAUGCCGGUUUUCUUGGAGUCAACAAGCCAGUCGAGUAUGGAGGCAUGGGACUGGACUACAGCUACAGCGUGGCAGUGUCCGAGGAGCUGGGUCACAUCCGCUGCGGAGGCAUCCCCAUGGCGAUCGGCGUUCAGACCGACAUGGCAACGCCCGCGUUGGCCAGGUUUGGUUCAGCCGAGCUCAAGAAAGAGUUUCUGCUUCCGAGCAUCCUGGGGGACAAAGUUGCCUGCCUCGGAGUUAGUGAAGUCGGAGCAGGUUCUGACGUAUCCAACAUUAAGACGAAGGCAGUGAGAAAAGGAGAUGACUAUGUGAUCAAUGGCGGCAAGAUGUGGACCACCAACGGCACCCAGGCGGACUGGAUGUGUCUCCUCGCCAACACCAGUGACGGACCCCCGCACAGGAACAAAUCCCUCAUUUGUUUGCCCAUGAACCUGCCAGGAGUGCACAUCGCCCGGAAGAUCGACAAGCUGGGCAUGUGGUCGUCGGACACAGCCGAAGUGUUUUUCGAGGACGUGCGAGUUCCCUGCAAGAACGUCAUUGGCCAGGAAGGAAUGGGCUUCACCUAUCAGAUGCUCCAGUUCCAAGAAGAGAGGCUCUGGGCUGUGGCCAAUAUCGUGACUACAAUGGACGUCGUCAUUAGGGAGACCAUCCACUACACUCGACAGAGGAAGAUCUUCAGUCAUCCGGUCCUCUACCACCAGGCGGUCCAUUUUAGGCUGGCCGAGCUGCAGACGGAGGUGGAGCUGCUGCGCGCCCUCCUUUACCAGGCCACAGCCUUGUAUAUCAAAGGCAAUGAUGUCACCAAGAUGGCAUCCAUGGCCAAAUUAAAGGCGGGGCGUCUGGCCAGGGAAGUGGGUGACGGCUGCCUCCAGUACUGGGGAGGAAUGGGCUUCACCAGUGAUGUGCUGGUCAGCAGAUUCUACAGAGAUUCCAGGUUAUUGUCCAUCGGCGGAGGGGCAGAUGAGGUCAUGCUCGGAAUCAUCUGCAAAUACAUGGACAUUCUACCCAAGAAGUGAUUUCGUCAAUGAUUUUCUCUUCGGUUCGCUUGAUAACGGCAACUUCUCAGACUAAUUUUGACAUCCAACAAAGCUAAUCAAUCACCCAAGUGCUGCUAUUUAUCAAUCAUCUGAAGUCAGGUGGCUUUGGCUGAAUGAGGUUUGAAGAAAAUGCUUGUAUUUA